AUGCCGGCAACUCUCCGCAAGCAGCGGCAGCGCUGCCGCUGCUCGCGGAGAGGUCCGCGAAGCCUGGGCGCGCUGAUCUCAGCGCGCGCAGGCUCCGGCAUGCCGGCAACUCUCCGCAAGCAGCGGCAGCGCUGCCGCUGCUCGCGGAGAGGUCCGCGAAGCCUGGGCGCGCUGAUCUCAGCGCGCGCAGGCCCGGCAUGCCGGCAGCUCUCCGCAAGCAGCGGCAGCGCUGCCGCUGCUCGCGGAGAGGUCCGCGAAGCCUGGGCGCGCUGA